ACCCGCACCCCCCAGCUGCGCUGCGGCUGCAGCCCCUGCCGCGGGCUGCGCACGUCCACGGGCACCCGCCUGCUCUACACGCUGCUGCACGUCCUGUCCUCGGCCGCCUGCUGCCUCGCGCUCUCCCGCACCGUGGCCCAGGCCCUGCGCGACAAGGUGCCCUUCUCGGCGGCGCUGUGYGAGCAACUGGCCGUGGGCGCCGACUGCGAGCGCCUGGCGGGCUCCUCGGCCGUCUACCGGCUCUGCUUCGGCACUGCCUGCUUCCACCUGGCGCAGGCCGCCCUGCUGCUCAACGUGCGCUCCAGCACGGACUGCCGCGCGCAGCUGCACAACGGGUUCUGGCUCCCCAAGGUGCUGGUGCUGGCGGGGCUCUGCGCCGCCAGCUUCUUCAUCCCCGAGGACAACUUCAUCCCAGCCUGGCACUACGUGGGUGUCUGCGGGGGCUUCGCCUUCAUCCUGGUGCAGCUGGUGCUCAUCACCGCCUUCGCGCACACCUGGAACAAGAACUGGCUCACGGGCGCCGCGCAAGACAAGCGCUGGUACCUGGCGGUGCUGCUGGCCACCGCUGCCUUCUACACCCUCGCCUCGGCCGCCUUCUCCUUCCUCUACAAGUUCUACACCCACCCGGCYGCCUGUCGCCUCAACAGCGCCCUGCUCACCGUCAACGGCAGCCUCUGCGGCGUCAUGUCCUUCGUCUCCAUCACGCCCUGCGUGCGGCUCAAGCAGCCACGGUCGGGGCUGCUGCAGGCCUCCAUCAUCAGCUGCUACGUGAUGUACCUCACCUUCUCCGCACUGUCCAGCCGCCCUCCGGAGAGAGUGCUCUACCAGGGCCAGAACCUCACCGUGUGCUUCCCGGGCGUGCGGCAGGACGAGCUGCAGAAGGAGGACACGACCGUGGCCGUCCUGGGGGCUGCCAUCAUGUACGCCUGCGUGCUCUUCGCAUGCAACGAAGCCUCCUACCUGGCCGAGGUGUUCGGGCCCUUCUGGAUGGUCAAAGUCUACAGCUUCGAGUUCAAAGAGCCCUCCUGCUGCUUCUGCUGCCCGGAGAAGAUGGAGGAGACGCUGCGAGGGAUGGAGCCGGCAGGCGAGCCGGUGCAGGAGCCCAGCGGGGCCCCCUGCAUCGUCCAGGACGAGCAGGACCGCGUGGUCUACAGCUACUCGGCCUUCCACUUCGUCUUCUUCCUCGCCUCGCUCUACGUCAUGAUGACCCUCACCAACUGGUUCAGCUACGAGGACGCAGUGCUGGAGACCACCUUCACGCACGGCAGCUGGUCGACCUUCUGGGUGAAGGUGGCCUCGUGCUGGGCCUGUGUCCUGCUCUACCUGUGGCUGCUGCUGAGUCCCCUGUGCCUGCCGUGCUGGCCACAGCGCCGGCGCAGCAGCCAGCCCCUGCGCGUGCUGCGGCGACGACGGGCCCCACAGCGCGUCGGCGCCGCCGCGUAG